AAAUUACAUUGGGACACGUUUUUUCCCAUUUAUUUCUAAUAAUACCGUUUCUCUUUAAAUUAUUAAGUUUACCGUCAGUUUUACCGUUUUUGAUUUUUAUACAAUUUUUUUAUUUUUUGGCUUCUUCAACACGCUUAGUGGAUGAGAGGGGCUGACGUAAGUGUCAGUUGAAAUGUGAUAGGCGUCUUAUCAGUGUGGGCGCGUGGGCACGUUUCAGUUUUUGAAUUUUUUUAAAAUUUUCACCCAAAAGGUGGGUUGUAAACCCAAACCGCCUAUAUGCCUAUCAAUAUAAGUGUUAUUUCCAUUUUUUCCCAACUUCAUUUCUUUUCUCUAAACGUUUAGUAAUGGUGAAAACACGUUCGUCUACAUCUCCAUCCGCGUCCUCCAAGGCUAUGAAUCCGAAGAACAAAUCGAAAGAAACAAUGUCCGAGGGUAGUGAUAGUGGAGAGUCUGAGCUUUCUUCGAAGAGGAAGAGGAACAAUGUCGGGUCUAAGAAGGGGAAACAUGCAGAUCGUCCGUUGAAAAAGAUGAAGCAAGUGAUUGAAGAAGAGGAUGUUGAAUAUGAUAGUGACGAUUUGGAGAUUGGAGUUCCAGAUAGUAUUAAGGAGUGGGAGCAAUAUUUUAAACCUGAGAGUCGUGUUAAGGGUAAGAUGAUUUUCUUCCCUAAUACAUUGGAGAACAAAGUGAUUGCAAAUAUCAAUGCUAAGUUGAGCCCUGAACAAAUUAGGCUUUUUCGUAAAUCAUGUUUUGGUCAUUUGUUAGACAUGAAACCAAUUUUAUAUCAACCUCAGUUAAUACAUAAUGCUCUGCUUAGGGAGGUACAUCAAAAAAAUGAGAAGGAGAUGUGGUUUAAGUUUGGGUGUGAAAAUUUUAGGUUUAGUUUGGCUGAGUUUGCGGUCAUAACUGGUUUACUGUGUAAUGGUGAUAAUGAUAUGAAAAAGUAUGCAAAAAGGGAGAAUGCAUUUGUUGAUAAGUAUUUUUUCGAGCAGCAAGUCACUCAUGGUGCGGUUGAACAAAGAUUUAUGUUUAGUGAGUUCAAGAGUGAUGAGUAUGCUGUUAAAAUGGCAAUUUUGUACCUUCUUACCAAUGGGUUGAUUUGUAGUCCUGCUGUAAAAAAAGUUUCUGAUGAGUUGAUGAAUAUUGUGGGGCUUGGUGAAUAUGAUAGUUUCCCUUGGGGGAAAAUUGUUUUUGAUCUUACAUUGCACAAUUUGAUGAUUGCUUUGAGGGGCAGAAAAAGAACAGAUUUGUCUGAUGAUUCAUGUGGUAAGGGAAAAGCUAAGGUGAAACGCAAACAGACGAAAGAAAAUAGUAAAACAUACAAGUUACCUGGUUUCCCUUAUGCAUUUAUGGUCUGGUUGUAUGAAACUAUUCCGUUAUGUCUUAAGGCAUCUAUAUGCCAAUAUGAUGCUUCGCAAGAGUAUAGGAUUUGUAGGUGGUCAAGUACUGGAAAUCCUAACUCUGGGGAGCUGGAUAGGAAAAUUUUCAUGUCAUCAAAGCUGAAAGCUCAAGCUAUUCUCCCCACUGAUGUUGAAAGGAAGAUGAUGAAACUUGAAGGUUUUGAUUUCCCCUUGUUGGAAACUUCUGAAGAUGAUUUUGAUGAUGAGCCAUUACAAAGGAAGCAUUAUGAGAAAGGUGACCCAUCUGGUAUACAGAGAAGUUAUGGUGUGGGGAAAUCUGAUCUAGUAGAGUUAAAGAACAAUGUGAAGAUGCUUGUUGGUAAUCAAACAAAAAUUGAUGAGUCUUUGAGUUUGUUGAGUACUGAGAUGAAGUGUAGUGUUAAGGAAUGUGAGUUGAAUAUGAAGUCUUAUAUCGAUGCAAAAAUUGAUGGAAGUUUGAAGUUUUAUUUGGACAUGAAGUUCAAUGAGUUGAGAAAUUGCUUUUUAAGUGGAAAUGAUGGUGGAAAUGUUGUAGUGAGCGAUGAGGAUACUUUUAAUAUGAAUGAUGAUGACCUUGUUUUGACAAAUGAAGAAGAGCCAGUUGUGGAGGUUGAAAAAGCUGGAGAUGAAAUGUUGGUAGAUAAUAAGGUUGAGGAAGUUUUAGAUGUUACGAAUAUAGAGAAUAAGAAUGAUGGUGGUAGUCAGCCUACUUUUGAUAUAAUGUGUUUUAUUACAUCCCAACCUGGUGAUGAGAAAGGGGAUGAUGACAAGAAAGAAGUGGUUGAUGAUGAUCAUGAGAUGUUCAAGAACGGAUCUAACAAGUUAAGGGAAGAUGAUAAUGAUGGCGAUGACAAGGGUAUUGGUGGUGAUGGGGUUGGUGCCAAGGAAGUUAAAGGUGGAGGUAAUGUUGGUGGAUCUAGUGGUGGAGUGAGUGCUGGGGAGUCAGCUGUCAAAGAAGGCAAGGAGGUAGUUAGUGUAAAUGAGAAGGUUGCUGAUGAUGAGAUGAUUUAUGAAGAAACCAAAGAGUUUACUGGUGCAACUGAAAAGUUGGGUGAUAGUCAAGGUACAGAGGAUAGUAUAACACUAUCUGCUUUAGAGAAGAUCAAUGAUAUUGAGGAAACAAUUGCAAAGGGUAAGGUGUUGCACAAAGAAGUAAUGGCUUCUAAUCAGAGGAAUAUUGCAAAGGAUUUGAAUGUAGAGUUUACGCCCAAGGUUGUUAAAAGGGCUGCGAAGCCUGCAUCUGUAAUGAAGAGUCCUUACACAACAAAUUUUGGUUCGGCCAGCAGUGGUAAACCAACUGGUGAAGUGUAUGGAUUGUUUCCAUUUUCAAAUGGAUUGAUGGCCAUGCCAGAUGAGCUUCAAGUUAAAUCAUUUGAGCAAUGGUUCAAGGCUGGUUUCAAUGAUAAAAACAAAUUGAAGAAGUUCAAACAAGAGGAUCGAGUAUUGAAGGUGCCAUUAGAUUUUGUUGUUGUGAAGGUUAACGAUAAAAUGUGGUUUUACGAUCUGAGAACCCCGGGGAGAAAUUUAUCAUGUUCGCAUAUUGAUGUGUGCUUUUAUUACUUGAGGAAGCAAAUUAAGUAUGACAAAAGUGUGAGGGUUGCUGCCAGCACCACUGAUUGUUUUUUUGCAGCCCAUAUAUUUGAUUUGUACAACAAGUUUUGUGCAAAUGAUGAGGAUAUUAAUUCUGUUCCUCGGGACACUAAGGCAGCUGCGUAUAUUGCGGGAUUUGGCUUGUUGUGUGGUAAACCAUGGUUCGUUUUAGAUUUCAUGCUAUUUCCGGUCAAUGUAAUGGCUUUGGCACAUUGGAUUUUGUGCGUCUUUGACAUCAAGAUGAGAUGUCUUAAGGUGUGCAAUUCUUUGAGGCGUGGAAAGUUUAAGGACAGUCGCAGUUUUGUGAAUGCAUUUGCUGUUAUUUUGCCGAUUUUAUUGUCUCAUGUGGAUUUCUAUGGUCGGAGGUCUGAUAUUGACAAGAGCACUCAGUAUUUUCAGGGAGUGAAGGAUACAGAUCCAUUGGAAAUUGUUUUUAUAGAUAAAUUGCCUCAACAAGAUCAGUGUGACUGCGGUGUAUUCGUUAUAAAGUAUGCUGAAUACUUUAUACAUGAAAUGAUCAACAAUGUCCCCAAAACUUUGAAUAUGGAUUUCGUCCGAAAGAAGAUGUGCGUUGAGCUUUUUGUGCAUGCUAUGAAGAAGGAGUUGAAUGGAUAUGAAUCUGGUUCAGAGUUUACUGGGAAGAUGCCCAAAGCUACUAGGGGAGCUUUGAAGAUUGGAUGAUUAGUGUUACAAUUACUAUCGUUUAGUUUAGACUGUUAUUUUGUGGUUUCCUGAUGUUUUGUAAUUAGCACUUGUAGUAUUUUGCAAACUUUAACAUGUAGUUUUUGGUUUUAUGUAACUGUUGUGUGUUGUGGAACACUUAAUUAGGUGGUAUACGGACCUUGUAUGUUGUGGAACAUUAUUUUGUGUAAAUGAAACUUUUGUGUACUUAAGAAACUAAUUAGUUUACUUUUUUCAAUUGAUGAUUAGUUUACUUUUUCAAUUGAUGAUCAAUCUAAUUAAAAUGGAUUUUUUUUUUUUUUUCAGGAAACAAAUCACUAUCAUCAGAUAUUUUUCUUGUUUACAUAUCGAUAUGAGAGGGUAACAGGUACAUUUUUUUUUUUAUAAUUGGUGUGAGGAUACGAAUAGGUAAUAGAUAUAUUAUUUUUUUUAUUUUUUAUUUUUUAAAAAAUUGCAUAUUAAUUUUCAUUUGAAGAUCAUUAUAAGAAAAUAUAAAACCUGAAAUGGAUGGAUAUGGGUAACAUGUUUGUUUAUUUUUUUGACAUGUUUUUGUUUUUGUAAAAUCAGAGGAACCAUUAUGUUCAUAAUAGUCCAAGACAUAGUACUAAUGUAGUACUUAUUACUUUAAGUAUCAAAUGUUGUGAAAAAAUGCUAUUUUUUUUUAAGUACUGAUGUUCUUUCUCUUUCGGGUUGGCUUUGGAACUGGUUCAUUUUUGCACGAUCUUUUGUUGUGUCCUUUUUGGUUGCAUGAUCCACAUUUGACCUGUGUUUUUGUUUCCAGCACACCUUUGUACCUUUGUUUUUUUGGCCGCCCUGCUGGCCUCUUGUGUGUUGGGGGUAGAACAAUCAUAUCUUUUAUAUGAUCCGGUAUAUCCCAAGUUGUAGAAUCUGCUAGUGGGAAGAUAUUAUCUUCAUAUGUUGACAAAAAAGCCUUUUUUGUGUAGUAGUAAGAGCAGUAGCUGUAGCAUGAUAGAUUCCUUUUGGUUAACACAGCCAUUGCAUGUGAGCAAGACAUUUCAUCAUAUUCA